AUAAGACACAACGGUUUUAGUUUAGCUCCAAACAAGACCCACCGCUCCCGUGUCCCCCUCUCAUCUGUAUAAUUUCCCUCUUUCCUUGUCCCCUCACCCUGCGCGCCGAUCCAGGCUCCAUCGCCGCCCACCGUGUGACCUCCGGAGCAUCUGAAGGCUGCCGCGACCGGGAACCAACCCUUUAUACCUCUUCCCUCGUGCACAUUACACACGGGACCAUAGGCGGACUGCCGGUUUUCUCUUCCCGGAGUUCAUUGUAGCCUCCGCCACCAUCCAUCGUCCACCUCCAGUUUCAGGAGGCGGUGAUAUCGACGGUUUGGGCUAUUGUGAAUCCCAAGGAAGAAGGUUUCUUGGCUCAACAGUUCUUGUUGCACGAUAACGAACUCAAAGUUCGUGUCUUUUCUCCUUUUAUUUCUUCCAAAUAGAGGAGUGCAUGGGUUUUCAGGUUAUUCUGUGCUGGAUGGUGACCUGGAGAUAUAGCAAGUACAUACAAAUAUACAAAUAGUUUGGAGUACUGGUUGGUGGUGUGCGAGGGGUGCUAGAUAGGAUGCGGUUGUUUCCAAUUUCAUCCAGCUCAGAUAGUUCACCUAUGGAGCAGGGCAACACAGAGAAAAGUCGUGCAAUGCUGUACCUAAAUGUAUAUGAUCUCACUCCUAUAAACAACUAUCUUUAUUGGUUUGGCCUCGGAAUCUUUCAUUCCGGUAUUGAAGUACAUGGGUUGGAGUAUGGCUUUGGAGCUCAUGAUUACCCAACCAGUGGAGUAUUUGAGGUUGAACCUAGAAGCUGCCCCGGUUUUAUAUUUAGACGCUCUAUACUUUUGGGCAGCACUGACAUGUCUCGUUCAGAAUUUCGGUCAUUCAUGGAGCAUCUCUCCAACAAAUAUCAUGGGGACACGUAUCACUUGAUUUCUAAGAAUUGCAAUCAUUUUACCGAUGAAGUUUGUCAGCGUCUAACUGGAAAACCUAUACCUGGAUGGGUGAAUCGAUUGGCCCGAGUAGGUUCUUUCUGUAAUUGUCUGCUGCCAGAAAGUAUCCAGGCAACAUCAGUCAGGCAUCUUCCUGAAAAUCAAAUGUAUUCAGAUGGAAGUGAUUCUGGUGCUUCAUCUGCAGCGGGAGAGAGUGAGGUGGAGGAUGAUCAUCAUCUGCUUCUCGUGCCAAACAGUGAUGUGGCAUUUUUGAAAGACAAACCAGUGAGACUGGCAAAGGAUGUUCUUUGACUUUUCCAUUCAUUUUUAAGUCAUCAUUUUCGGUAUCUGUUGUGGCGUUUGUACUGUAAUAUGUAUAUCACCAACCUGUUUGUUAAGAAUGUAAGCAUCAUCAAGUUGUGUGAGUACCUUUGUUCUUGGAAUGGUAGUCGAGUACAUAUGUAUCAUUCAUUUAACUGUAUGCUUACUCUGUUCUGGUUUUGGUCGUGUCAAGUUUGCUGCAUGAUUUUGAUAUUGGAUAGUUUUGAGAAUUGGGGCAAACUUUUGGCCUUUUGACUAUGAGGAGAUUUUCCAAGGACAAAA